AUGUCUGUGAAUAUCAUAGUAUGGGAAUGCUACCGUGAAAAAAUCCAAAAUUCUCUCUUCUUGGUUCCAGCCGACUACAUGAUGGAGAAAGGCCACUAUGAUACGCCGAAUAUCAAAAGGUGA